CGUCUGCAGCUGCAGUAUUUCAUUGUUCAGUACGUUUCUAGAACGAUUUUCGGAGGCAAAUUUUAAGCAGUUAACGCUUAACCCGACAGGCCGAAGGCUGUUAUGGGUUAUGAGUAUAGACAGCAUUGAUUGUUUUAGUACAUGUGUUACGUUAAUCAACAAUUAGUAAGACUGAUACAGUGGAGAUUAUUAUCAAAUUAACCAUGAGUGACGUAGACAGAAAACGACUUCUGAAUGCUCUUGAACUUCGAAGGAAAGAUGUAUGCGAGAAAUUCUCGUGGGGAUUCCAACUGUGUUUCCCAGGACCAUCACUUACGAUCAAGUCAUUUUAUGUUAAUGAAAUUGGUGCUGAUGUCUCAGUUCCUGUUUCAUAUCAGAACCUCAAAACUCUAAAAAGAAUUGCAGAACAUGCUGAAAGAACACAAGGUUUGGACAUCAUGAAUCACUCGUCAGGAAGUACACUGCAUAUCAAUGAAACAAAAAUCAAGACGAUGUCAGGCAACUUUAUGCAUUCUGCUGCUCCUUACCUAGUUUCAAUUGUUACUGAAAAUUUACUGGGAUUCAAGAUUGACGGCCCUACAAAAAUGGUUGAUAUCCAUCUACGCAAACUGGUGAUUGUUGACCGUGGUCAGCAUGCUAAACUCCAUUGUGAAUCUGAGAAACAACCAGGUACAUUUGGUGUAAUAGUGUUAAAAAUUCCUGUGGUAGGUGGUUAUUCAGGAGGGAAAAUUAAUGUUGAACAUGAAGGCCAUAGGCAGAGCUUUCAGUUUGAAAGAGACAACGAUCGUUACUUCUCGUGUGUUGCCUUUUUUGAAGAUUGUUACAAUGAAUUAGAGGCUAUCUCUGAUGGGUGGUGGUUAGCCAUGGUUUUUCAUCUUAUCUGGAAAGACGCCGUGGAAAUCGAUACUGCUCCGCUUGAAUUCCCCGCUUUCAUCAAAGCUUUCAACGAGAUAAACGAGGAACUCGUUUUAUGGUCAUCUCCUUCCUCGUAUUCCAAAAAGCCCGUCAAAGUGGAAGCAACAGAAGGUUUUGCAUCAGAUACUAAUGAAAUAUCCUGCCAUUUCGAAACCCCGAGCCAAAGCGAAAACAACAGCUUUUCUGCUCCUAACAACAUUUCCAAUGAUUCAGAACGUAUAGACGAUACCACAUUACCUCAAUCGGACAACUGCAAUCUACAAGCAAAUAAUUUGAUUAAUCCAGAAGAAGAGGAACACUUCCUCCUCUUUCCAUUGCAAGAAAAAUACGACAAUGGACUUUCCUUCGCACAACUCAGAGGACGCGAUCGCCUAAUGUCUCACGUAUUCCGGUCCAUAAGUUAUUUGGACGUCCAUCUUGCUGUUGUUUCUCAACUGGCCGACGAUAAUCUCCAUCAUUGCAUCGAUUGGGAGCAAACUACCGAUUGGAGCGAACGGGUUUUUCAAAUCAAUGAAUGGAUUAGGUCCGACGAGAGCUUACCACUUACUAAACAACUUCAACUGGAUGCGCGAACUCAACUUGUUGGCAACAUAGAUCACAUCACGUGUGUUGCAAGUGAACCGAACGUCGAAGUCAAUAAGAAAAUGUACUUCCAUUCCGUGCUGAUCAUUCAACCUCGAAUUCAGUCAAUCCGACAUUCCUGCCGCUACCAACUAGACGCCGUUCUUGACUACAUGGAACAAAAACUACCUCGAAUACUGGAAGUUCCGAAUGAUUCCUUUUCCCGAGAUGGGCUAGUCUUUACCUUGAAGCACGUCAUCUCUUUCUCUGUGAAGGAGCCCUUGCUAGUUUGGAUGGAUCCUUAUCCUUCUCCGACAACAAAUCAGCGGACUAGCCGACUUUUAGAUCUGUGCGUUGAACUGAAAGCCAAGCAAGAGGGGCUUGAUCUGCUGGAGUCGAUGGGUACUGCUAUCCCCCUUCAUUCAACGAAUACAGAAUCUCUCCCCAGUGGAAUUCCUAAUUUAUUCUUAGAAGGGAUCCGUGAUGAAAAGGUUGCCAAGGCGAUUGCUGACUUCGAGUCCAGAGUCAGUGGUUGGAACACCUGUGGCGAUUUGAUAAUGGAGCUCAUCACUCCUCUUCACAUCUUUCGGCGACUAGUCUACUUUUCCUAUCUUGGCCUGUACUUUUUUGACAGUAAUUGUUUGGAAGGGGCCCGAAUGGUAGCUGAUCGUAUUUCCGGCAUCAUAACUAAGCUCCAUCAGACUAACAUGCUUAGUGACUGCUACAUCAGCUCUUUCUUCUACUUGAUCGUCACCAUGGAGAGGGACCCUACCACAGCUGAUCAGGAGAGGAUCGAAUCAUUUGUCAUUCUUUUCAGAAGAUUAGAAGUUUACCGGCAAUGCCUUUUAAUCAUCGAUUUUCAAACAAAUCAUUUCCACUUCUACCUCAUGUUGAAAGCUAUUCCGUCCUGCCAGCAAUUCUUCCGGCAACUUUAUGAAAUUGUCGCCACUGGCGAUCUUCAUUCUUGCAGUUCCAUGUGGAACCUGACCGCCCCCCUCUUCAAGAUUUUCGUCGAAUUCGAUGACCCGAACAUACUUCAGAUGCUGACCGAUAAGAUAACUCUUCCUCCGGUGUAUGACAUAAUUCAUAGAAAUAAUCUUUUAGACUCAAUUUUAUUAUCGCCAAACAUCCUGGACGACGUUACCAUCUUCUCUGAACUAGGAAAAAGUUCAAUCUGCACCUUACUGGAUGCUAGAAUCGCACAGCUGCUGGAAGUUAAAUUUUUACCUGAAAUCGACUCGCCAGCGGAUGAAAAUGUGGAACUUCAAGCCGACGACAGAAUCUUUCGCCAUAAUUCCGCAUUGCAAUCAUCGUUGGCUUCGUAUAUGUACCUCGUAUUGCGAAUGGAGACGAUAAAGGAUCUGGCCAAUUCACAACGUGUCUUGUUAAUGGGGUUGAUUGUCUUCAAUUUGACAUUUGAGCGGCUCUGCGAUCUUAUUCUUGAUGUUGGAAAACUAAUUGGAUUCGAACAUAACCUACAUCCGAGAGCGAAUGAACUCUUCGUGGAACUUUGCCGUAUGCUGAUUCAGUUCGACAGAGAAUUCGUUGCAAAAGUUUGCUGUCAGAAAAUCCUCAAUGUUUUGAAGUGUUUUGUUUGGCUCAAAAAUCGCGAUUUAGUGCACUCGCUCGUCCAUCAAACGUCAUUGGGAGAAUCGAUUGAAAGCAAGAACAUCUUCGCUGAAAUCAUUUUGCGCUCUCCUGAUCUCAUCAGUCGUCUGAUUCCAGAAUUUUCCUCCUUUGCCACCAUCACACUGGAUGUGCUCUUCGAAGUGUGGGUGAAAGACAUUCAUCAUUCCCUGUUGGAUUCAGCACCCGAUUCUUCGCAAGAGAAAAUUUAUGCUGAUUUCGGCAAUUGCGUUGAACUUUACAUCAGUAAGGAAACAAAAUGCCCAAGUUCUUCUCAAAAGGGUCCGGACCUGUUUUCUCCACUUUUUGCCAAAUUGUCUCCCAUUAAAUCUGUCGAACUGUCCUUGCUAUUGGCUCGUCUUUUAGUGAAUAUCCAUCAAGCAAAUGUCAACCAAGAGUCGGUCCUUAAAGAAUCCGCCACAUGUUUGUACCUGCUCCGCCAAAUCGCUCUACAGUUUGUAACCCGAAACCUUAGUGGACUUGUCAAAUCUGCAAAGGAAGAAAUCCGCAAUUGUUUGGUUGAUGUCAUGAUUUUUCUACUUUGGCUGGGUGAUCAACAGUUGUUAUUGCCUUUUGUACGUUGCAUUUGCUCUGCUUCUCAAAAAUGGCAGGAGAAUCAUUUGGUUUCAAAAAUUGUAUCGUCUCCCAAAGCGCGUCAAAUGGCCGCUUCAUGCCGUUAUAGUCGAGAAGCUUUCUGUCUUUUACUGGAACAACGCAUCAAUCGACUGAAGAUGAUUAAAGCCAAAGAAUCAACUUUGCAUUCGUCGUCAAACUCUUCCAGUUCAGAACAAGAAAAUUGUGCCAGUUUGUGCAGCUCUCAAAUUCAAUUGGAGGAAAUAAGAAGUCUCCAUCGCUGCCUAAUCGAACAGUCAAGAUCAGAACUCGACGAAAAAAAUUCAUGAUUCCAGUAGAACUCUUAUAACGUGAUUUGUUUUUAUUUUAUUGUUGUCACCGUGUUGAUUACUUUUUGAUCCGGAAGCCGACUUUUCACGUAAAAGUAAUGGCAAAUAAAGAAAUAAUAUACCAGACAUGUUAUUCAAUUA